UUUUCUACGCGACUGCGGAAGGACCAUUUACCAUAGCCUCUGCCGUUUCCCUCCUGAAACCUUUGUGCACGCUGUGUGAUGGCUGCAACGUGAGCAUGGCAACUUUUAUUGUGUGCCCGUCAGCGACACAUGUAUGUCCCGCUGGUAUGAGUUGAGGUCUCGAUGCACCACCUUGGCUCAUCGACUCAUCGUAGGAGUGCCGAGUGGCCGCCGACUGUUGCUUGUGCUUGCGUGCCGCUGACGACGGUCGUCCUGCAUUUUCUUGCGAAUUGCUACAUCUGUGAUCUUCACAUUUUCUGCAACCAUUUUGCCCACUGCAAAUGGAGGGCUCGGAGGGCAGCGACAAAUUCGUGUCCUUGAUUGUGGUAUAACCUGCGUGCCUUGCAGCGGAUCGAUUAAUCGAGCGCGAUUAUGGAGAAACCACCUGUUAACGAGGCACCUAUUCUCCAUGUCAUCGUAGUUGGGUUUCACCACAUCAAGGGGUACCAGCUGGAAUAUGCGUAUCCUCCAAUACUUGGAAAAGAGGAAACAGAGGCUCAGGAGAACCAGGAUCUUCCCGAGCCAUGGAAGCACCUUCCAUCCCUUGCAUUGCCUGAUGGUGCCCAUAAUUAUGAAGAAGACACUGUAUAUUUUCACUUGCCAGCAUUGGACAACCCAAAGCGAACUGUUUUUGGAAUAUCAUGCUAUCGACAGAUCAAUGCAGAGAUGCUACUGCGGCGAGGUUCAGACGUGACACGCAGCUCUGUGCAGAAGAGUGUAUGUGUGCUGAGCCGAUUGCCACUGUACGGAGUCAUACAAGCCAAGUUGCAGCUGGUAACUCAUGCUUACUUUGAAGAGCGAGACUUUAGCCAGGUGGCGCUCCUCAAGGAAACAUACCAAAACUUGAAUGCCCUGCUCUCGUCCGACAUGAUGCAUGGGGGACAGCCCUACCUGGGACUGUCCUCACGUGACCUGAUUUUGCAUUUCAAGCACAAGGCUGUUCUGCUCUUCAAGCUGCUCCUUUUGGAACGUAAGGUGCUUUUUUACAAGACGCCCGUCAAAGAUCUCUGCUCCACUAUUCUCACUCUCUGUUCUCUGUUUCCCGGCAUGCUGGAGCAAGGUCUGGAGGAAUGCGCCUGCACAGCUGGCCUGCGGCAACUGAGCUCUGAGCUGCAUCCCGAAGAACAUGAUUUCCUUGAAGUCCACUUGAGUCACUCACCUAGCGAGCUGAAGCAGAGCCUGGACACGCUUGCCUCGGAGAAGAACAGGGAAAAAGAUUCCAGCUCAGAAGGUCCAAUGAGAGAAGAGCAGGUGCACUCACCCGAAGACUUGAGUCUGCUGUCCAAGACAAUUCGGAACUCAGAGUCUAAAUGCCUGGCCAAGCGAGCCGAGUCAUUUGAAAAUGCAACAGAUGAUGUUAAGCCAUUGCCUGUCAGCCAAAAAGAUUCUGAUGAGAAGAAAGAGAAGACUGAAGCACCACGGCUCUCCUUGGGUUCUGUUGGCAAGGAGUUAAUCAGCAAGAUUCUGCCAGUGAGCCUUGGAGACAUCCCAUACCUGAAUAGAGUCACCGAUGAUGCUGUGUUUGAAGAAGAGGACAAACUUGUGUCUGAAAUAGAUGAGCUCCUAGACUCAGAUCCCAAAGAAAAGACGGAAAUGAGGUCUAAGUUGGAAUUUGUAGAAAGGGAGGACUGUGACAUGAUGAAAUCACCUACAACACCUGUUGCCACUAAAGAAACUGCCAGCUUUCUUGGCAAUCGAGGAUUCAAUUGGAGUAAGCUGCCAUCUGCCAUCUACAGUCUCACAUCCAGGAGUUCUAAAAUGCCGUUCAUGGGAAGCCUUCGUCUACAAGAAGACAAACUCGGCGGCGCAGCAUCAGUCCGGUUCGGCAUCCCAUGCCUGGCACCACUCAAUGAAAAGAUUGAGUGUCAUCCACCCUUUCUUGAAUCACCAUCUGGUGUCACAAAGGGCGGUGCGCCCGGAGCAGGCGACGACAGCGAUUUUGCCAGUGAGUUUGAUGGGUCAACAACACCAUGCGAAGAUGGUUCAGGUUUGGUGACCCUCAACCUUGCUAGUGAAGGAGGUGAACUGGGCAGUGUCUCAGACUUGACCAGCCGGGACCUAGAUGACCUGCUGCUUCUGCAGAGCAUUCCUAAGGUCAUAGCUCUGCCAAAUCAAGACUGUGGCAUGCCACUUUGCAUCUUCUCUAAGGGUUCAUUAUGCUUGCCAUAUGUAUCUCUGCCUACCAUAGACCUACUCAGUGACAUCAGCAUACGAAGCUGUGUUGUGGGAGCAACAAACGACCUGUUCAAGCAAAAAAAGCACCUCUUUGAUGUCAUUGUUGAGGUAGAUGAAUGUAAAAUUACAAUCUUAGACAGUGACCUUCGGCGACAGCUCUACCUCACCAUGGAAGACCUUCGUUUUGCCGACUACUUAGUCAAGAAUGUCCUUGAUGACACACGGGACCUUUUCCUUGACGGCACAUGUUGGCAAGGAGGUGAGGAAUGGCUAAGGUCAGAGUUUAAGGUGUACCUAGUAAGUCUGCUGAAGACAGCUCAGUUAGAAGAUGCUGUCAGUGGUAAAGGCCAGGAGGCAUUCAAUACUGCCUUCCUCAGUGCCUGGAAGACGACGCACAACUUCAAGAUGUGGAACAGUGUGAAACACCCUUGUCUUGUAGAUAUUCCCUCAGGUCAUUACUACAAGGGCCAGCUGACUGUUGCUGACAUGAAGUUGCGGAUUUCUCACUCCAUUCAAAGUUCGGAAAGGGGCCGCAAACUCAACCAAGCUGUGGUUUCCACAGGGAGAGCCAUGGCGCAGACGACAGGCAAGGUUGUUGGGGGUGCUUUGACAUCUGCAAAAUCGGUCGUCUCAUCUCUGUGGUCCCACUUCAGCCCACCAACGCCUUCAUCGUCUACUGAAUCGGUUCCUCCGACAUUGCCCAAAGAAGAAAGUGUUGAAACAGUGUCAAGCCCCAAGGAAUGACUGAUUUGCACGUUGCACUCUUUUCUGCACUGGAGAUAUUUAUUUUAAGACAAUAGCCGAGCUUUAAUUGAAUGCAUGCCAUAGAGUUGUGGCCCUCAUAUCUACACUCGUAGCCAAGCUGCUCCCGUUUUGUUUCCCUUUUAAAAGUUUUUUUGCACCUCUGUUUACAGGUGCGUGCAUGCCUUUACCUCGACAGAGGUUGGGCGUUGAAAAAAAAGAAAGCUGUGGCAGCAUGGAAAACAUUCAUGUGUCCUAUAUUCUCGUGCUCUGCAUAUGUGAAGUGCGCGCCACAAGAUCUGAGUGUUUACAUUUUGUCAACACAAUGUUGUCUCUGUGUUGAUAGGCUGUUCUACUAACAUGCAAAAUGAUGCUCUUUGUGUUUCCUUUUUAAUUGUUUUUUUUCUUUUCAUGUAUAUAUUUUUGCAAAGUUUGAGAGGUUGAACUGCAGCAGCUCCUACAGUCUAAAGCAGGCUGUCACUUGCUUUAGGCUUGUGUUUACAUCAAUGUUGUGCAUUGCUGGCACUCUUCAGCUUGUGUUGCAUAUUUUAAUGAUGCUGCAACUGACUUUUGGUACAGUAUCAUGAAAAAUUAUACAUAGCCCCAUCCAUGAGUCUUGCUAAAGUCUGCUGGAAAAAAGAAAAAAAUGCAUGUGUAGCAAAUUUUGUUUUUCUGUGAUGUCUCAUUUGGUGAUUACUGUAAAGGCUUUCUAUUCGCAAACUCCACGUUCAGCAUAUUUAGUCUGACCCAAAGAUUCACAAAUAUUUGCGACGCAAAAUUUUUCAGAAAGGAAUUGGGCCGGGGCCCAUAAUCUGUCACAGUUCAUUUCUUUUUCUUUCCUGAUUAUGUGUCGUGCUAAUUAGCCAAUACUGGCCGUAAUGGUGGCAUGGCAGCACCCAAGCCAGUGAUGAAGAACGUAAAAAAAUGGGAACUGAAUGUAAUGGCUACAAAAUACGUCUUGGAUGUGUAUUGUGAUGAGAAUAUUAAUUGUUUGUGUGAAUAACAUUUUGAUAAGCUCUAGGAAAUUCACUAAAGUCAUGCAAAUUAGGUCCUAACAAAAAUUAAGUCAUUUAUUGUACAUGGCAGAGUUAUAAAAGUGGUUGGCUCUUUUUAUGUGAAACCAGAGAGAAACACUUUUUGCUAACUCACUGAGGUGCACGUGAAUAACCCUACCUUAUGCUUUUGUUUAUGUUAAGGCUUUUUUUUUUAAUGAGUAUGGUGACAAUUUAAGACAAGUUAAAGAACUAACACUCACUUGAUGUGACAUGUGUACAUAAUUUUACUAAUUUUAAUUCCUUUGUAGCUCACAAGUAUUUUAGGAAUAAUGAAUUUGCAGAAUGAAUCACAAGUAAUGCAAUCACUAAUGUGAGACUCAACAAGGAGAGCUGAUGAUGUAGAGGAUGUGAUUGUUUGUUUUUAUUUGUUGUUUUCAUAGUAAAGUACUUGUGAAAAUUCUGGAAGCCUUAUGAAAAGUGACAAGAUUCAGGAAAAGAAGGAGUAGCAUGCCUUUAAAAAGCUGUGAAGCUUUAGAGCAACGAAAGUUCUGCAGAGGCACCAAUACACAGUUCCCCAGUAAGUCUAACCAUUCUAUAAGUGGCUUUGAGAAAUUUGGCAGGAACUCCCCAUUUAUGUUGACAGUAUGUUGAACAAGAAGCUUUAGCUUGAUGCCAACUUUAAUUUUCUUAUUCAAAUGCAUGUGAAACAAGAAUUGUGAAACGAAAUAUUCAAAUUUUCUUGACUGAUAGUCUCAGAAUCUUUAUUUAGGUGCUUGGUUAUAUUAUGAAAGUGGGCUGACGAACAAAAAAAUAAAACAAAUAAAAACAUUAGGUUCCCAACUCUGAUAUCCCAGCAACAAAAAGAGAUAUGGCAUUUUUGUAAACUAUCAAAAUGUCUAAAAUGGGCAAAUUGGAUGUAUUACAAAUGUGUAUUUACUGCACUGGUAUUUUGUGGCUGUAACAUUUAUAAAGUUAAUGAAAUUUAAAUAAUAAAUUACAUAUAAAUUAUAGUGUAAGGACAUGACUUAAUCCACUUUUGACUCUAUCAGUAGCACAUUAUUCUUUAUCUGUUUUUGUUGCUCAAGUAUAUUACGUUUUUAACUAGCUUUCUUGUGUUCUUCAACAGCAGUGCGUUAGCUUUAUUAAAUAUAAAGAGACCUAAAUAAAAAUUCUGCAGGCAUCAUUCACUAGUAUUUGACUCUUAUUUCUUUUUCUUUCAAUUUAAUUCAACAAAUUAUAUUCAUAUCAUUGAACUAUUGCUUAGCCAAUGAAAUAAUUUUUGCAAUUUGCAUGUAUUCUAACGGUGAAGGCUCAAGCUGAAGCUUUUGCUUAAGUGGAACACUCGUUUCCCAAAUGUCUGCCGUGCAUUCCUCUGGUAACCUUUUAGCUCUCUCUAUAACGAGGUUGCCCAACGUAAAGGUCUCAAGCAGACAGUCAAGUUAUAAAAUGUGAUAAGUUUUGUCUAGUCCGAAGUGCACCAUGUGAUACAUAUGUUUGACAGAUGUAAGCACACCAGUUUGGCUAAGGUGCACCGCUUUACUUUUAUAGCUCUGUGCCUUUUGUUUUUGCCGUGUGAGCUUCCGUUCUGAGCAUGCUGAAUUAUAUGGUGUUAGUCAGUUCUACCAGCAUUAAAUCACAGCUGUUUGGUAAUAUGGCAAUUUCUCAUUACUCAGACCAUGGCCACUGUUUCUCUUCGGUUGUUCAAGUUUUUUUUUCUUUUUUGAACGCAGAUCAUAAUAAAGGCUAUGUUGUUACGAGAUCAA